GCUGGGAGCCUGCUCACCAUGGACAGUGUGGAGUACAGCAACUUGGGUGGCGGGCUCAAGGAGGCCCCCACAGGGCCCUGGGGCCGCUGGGGCCGGCGACUCCUCCUCCUGACCCUGGCUCUCCUGGCCACCACAGUCCUGUGGGCCUUCGUGCUGAGCAUCCUGCUUUCCAAGGCCUCCAAGCAGCAAGGGGCGUUGCUGGGCGGCCAGGACCUGCUGAGAACAAACGCCUCGAAGCAGACGGCGGUGCUGGACGCCCUGAAGGACGAGGUCGGAGAGCAGCAGAAGAGCGCGAGCGCCGAGCUGCGGGAGGCGCAGGUGAAGCUGCUGCAGCAGGAGAGCGCCCUGAGGGAGCUGAGCGAGCGCGUGACCCAGAGCUUGGCCGAGGCGGGAAGGGACCGCGAGGGCAUCCGCAGUUCGCUGUUCCUGGUGGGGGGGCCAGGGGCCCUACCAGUGGGCCCCGUGGUUCCCGGAUCCACCCGGAUCCGCCCCUUGACCUUGACCUGUUCGCGAUGGUUCUGCACCUGCGCCCCCCACACCCCUUCAUCUGCUCCAGCUGGGAGCAGUCUACCUCCCUGACCUUUGCCACCCACAGGCUCCUGCCAGGCGUGCCCCACGCCGUGGCUGCCCUUCCGGGGCUCCUGCUACCUGUUCUCGGAGCUGCAGGCCACGUGGGAAGAUUCACCCGUGCCACUGGGCGCCCGCAAGAUCCAGGGCUACCAGUGGGUGGACGGAGCCCCGCUCAGCUUCAGCUACUGGAACCUGGGGGAGCCCAAUGACGCUCGGGGGAGCGAGGACUGCGUCAUGAUGCUGCACACGGGGCUGUGGAACGAUGCCCCGUGCCGCAACGAGAAGGACAACUGGAUCUGCGAGAAGAGGCUCAACUGUUGAGCCCACCGGUGUCCCUGAGCCACACCCUCCGCUGCGAUGGCUCCAGCUACUCGCCUUCCUGGCUUUGCCCGCCACCAUCGGGCCCCCCCGCCCCGCCCCACUGCCGCCCCCACGACCACUAAGAACUACCCACCCCACUCAGGGAGUGCAGUGCCUGUGCUCCGGGACCUCCUCUCCGCCCUGACCACUAUCCCUCCCGCGGGAACCUAACUUUACCCUCUGCCUCUUCCGGAACCCUGGCUCCUGGACCCGAUCGGACCCCACCUCCCUCCGGAGCCAAGACCACGUCCUGGGAGAUGGAGCUGUUUUCUUGCAUUUUUUCUUAGACUGGGAGGCCUCAAAGACAGGGGUCUUAUGAACUGCCCUUGAAGCCCUAAGGAGCAUCAAUAAAUGUCUGAGAUAUGAAUCUUCGCUCCUGG